UGUACAACACAGUGACUACAGUAACAACAAUGUAUUAGAUUUUUAAAAGAAAGUAAGACAGUCAUGUUUAAGCCAAAUCCCAGAAUGCAGUUGUUGGGUGUUGGUGAUAAUCUGACUAAGGCUUUCUUCAUGUCCUUGAUAGGUGAUAGGGUCUCACUAUGUUGCCCAGUCUGCUCUCAAACCCUUGGGUCCAACCAAUCCUCCUGCCUCAGCCUCCCAAGAUUUCUGUUUCUUACUAAAGGAGGCCUGGCACACAAAGUCUGUCUAAGCUCAGGCAGAACGUGGACAAGAGUGAAUCCUUGCCAGCCACCACCACUAGCCCAGAAUCCAGCAAAAGCUCCUCCUUCACACUCUCACUCUGUCUCCUGCCACCUUGUGAUGAAGGUACCCGCUUCCCCUGCCACUGUGAUUGUAAGUUUCCUGAGGCCUCCCAAGCCAUGCAGAACUUUUUUGCAUCCUGUUCCGAUUAGCAUCACUCUAGGAACAUUUGUUCAACUUGACAGUCACUGUUUGUUCCAGUGCAACGUUUGUGGGUCUUUCCAGCAUUCACAGACACUCUUCAUUGUUUCCUCUUGGAGACACAUGCACCACCAGCCUAACGAUGUCCCUUUCUCAAAGUAUAAUGUGUGCUUCACCUACAUUGGACAUUCUCUGUCACUAAUGUGGGGACAGGAAAAUGAAGGUGUUGGGGGGCGGUUCCUAGAAAUAUCUGAAUCUUCAUUGCAAUGA